AGCCGAGUUAAACUGACCUUAAAAACUCCACCACAAGAUUCAGACUACAUCAAUGCAAACUUUAUUAAGGGAGUACAUGGGCCAAAGGCAUAUGUUGCUACCCAGGGACCCUUAGCCAAUACAGUAAUAGACUUCUGGAGGAUGAUAUGGGAAUACAAUGUUGCUAUCAUUGUAAUGGCCUGUCGAGAAUUCGAAAUGGGAAGGAAAAAGUGCGAACGUUACUGGCCUCUGUAUGGAGAAGCAGCUGUAACUUUUGGACCUUUCCGUGUUUCUUGUGAAGCUGAGCAAGAAAGGACAGAUUACUUCAUUAGAACAUUAUUACUUGAAUUUCAAAACGAGACUCGUAGUGUCUAUCAAUUUCAUUAUGUCAACUGGCCUGACCAUGAUGUCCCUUCGUCUUUUGAUUCUAUUCUGGACAUGAUCAACUUGAUGAGACAGUACCAGGAACAUGAAGAUGUGCCAAUUUGCAUACACUGCAGUGCAGGGUGUGGAAGAACAGGAGCCAUCUGUGCCAUAGAUUAUACAUGGAAUUUGCUUAAAGCUGGGAAAAUACCUGAAGAAUUCAAUGUAUUUAAUUUAAUACAGGAAAUGAGGACACAAAGGCAUUCUGCAGUACAGACAAAGGAGCAGUAUGAACUUGUCCAUCGAGCCAUAGCACAACUGUUUGAAAAGCAACUGCAAAAAUACGAGAGUUGUGCGGACUGGAAGAUUGCAGAUGGAGUGGAUGAAAAUAAUACAGAGAAUGCUGUCACUUCUUCAGAUGCUGAGAAACAGGAUUCUCCUCCACCAAAGCCUCCACGGACCCGCAGUUGCCUUGUAGAAGGAGAUGCGAAAGAAGAAAUCUUGCAGCCUCCAGAGCCUCUGCCAGUACCACCAAUCUUAACACCAUCUCCCCCAUCAGCUUAUCCAACAGUCACUACAGUGUGGCAGGACAAUGAUAGAUACCAUCCAAAGCCAGUUUUGCACAUGGUUUCAUCAGAGCAUUCAACAGACCUCAACGAGAACUACAAUAAGUCACCAGACCAUUCAGGGAAGAACGAACCCAGUGAACGUGCCGAGAAAAGGCUGGAGCGCAACUUAAGUUUUGAGAUCAAGAAGGUUCCUCUUCAGGAGGGACCACGAAGCUUUGAUGGGAACUCCCUGUUGAACAGGGGACAUGCAAUUAAAAUUAAGCCUGUGUCAUCCUGUGUAAUCGAUAAGAGCUUUAAGGCACAGGAACAGAUUUCAGGGGAUUCAUUUGUAGAUGCUUCUCCAAACUCAUGUAUGGAGUACAGCGUGCCACAGUCUAACACAGCCUUAAUACCUUCCCCAGAAAGUCUGCAGGUUUCUGAUACUCCCCCCAGACCAGAUCGUCUGCCUCUGACAGAAAAGGGACAUGCCACGUGGUCGCUACAUGGGCCUGAAAAUGCACUGCGUACGUCAGCGUCCGGAGACGUGUGUUCAGACACCUUGUGUCACGGUGUGAAAACUCUGUCUCUGGCACCAAACACCAUAGCUGAACAUCCUUUCAGUGAUCAUGUUGCUCAUACUCCUGUUUCAGUUCGAGCUCCCCUUUGUUUUACUAAUCCUCUUCACUCAGAUGACUCUGACACGGACGAGAUGACCUUUGACGGAGCCAUGAGCAAAAGUGCAUCUAACGUGUCGACCGCAAGUGCCACAGUCUCUGCUGCCACUAACCCUGAGAACAUUUCUGCCAGAAAAGUAUUGCCAAUGUCAAUUGCUAGGCAAGACUUAGCAGCUGUAACAUGUUCUGAAGAUGGCAAAGAUGCUGAUGGUAGUGAAGAUUCCUCUCCCCCACUCCCCGAAAGAACACCAGAAUCAUUUGUAUUAGCAAGUGAAGAGAGCACACCCUUGCCGAAGCCAGCGCUGAUUGCACAGUCGGAGUGGAGCAUAUUGCCUGAUCAGCAUCUCCCUGAGCAAACAGCCUCCACAGGUUUGAAAACACCUUCACCUAUACUACCUGAUCGUCCUGAAAGAAGCAACAAAACACCAACUGACAUCUUACCUCAGAUUUCUUUUUCUGGUUCCACUGAUACAAGAGGUCAAAUCUCAGAAUUUCCUGCAGAAGUAACAGAUAUUGGUUUUGGUAACCGCUGUGGAAAGCCCAGAGGACCACGAGAGCCACCCUCAGAAUGGACAUGAUCCAAGAACCCAUGGACAUACUAUCAAUAAAUUAUACUGGAAAAAAAACCAACUCAAAAGUGCCACUGAGAACUAGAAAACUAGUAUUCCACUUUUCUGGGGGGGGGGAGACUAACACAGAGCAGUGUAGAUCUAACUACCAAAUGGUACAUUCUUGCAGUACAUCCCACGCCAAUACCUGACACUUGGUUUCACAGCAGUGGAUUCCAGUAUUACAACUUACCUUCUUGCUGGGGCCAUCUACCUGCCUUACUACACUUAGGAGAAAGUAUUACAUAUGAUUUAUUUUGUAACUUCCAAGUAUUAUUGCCUUAAUGUCUUUUAACCCUGUUACACGCUGCUUGUAGACAUAUGUUAAUAUAGUAAUACUUUGGACAGAUUGUGUUUAUGGACUACUUUUUGCUAACGUUUGAUUACCAUGUAUGCAUUAUUUUGUAUAUGUACAGGGCAAGUAAGUAUAUAAUUUGAUAAAGUUGCAAUCAUAAAAUAUUAACAGAAGAUGUAAGAAAUCUCUGCAUGGUCUAAAUUUUUGUGUACCUUAUUUGUAAAUUAUUUGCCCUGAAGUUUUAGAAAAUAGUUUCUGGGGUUU